UUCUCGCUUUUUAUUGGAUAUAAUCCUGCUGACGUUGGCUGAUGUCACCGCUCACUUUCAUCCCGUUCAGCUCCUCAGGGGGCUGAGCCAACCUGAAGAGGAAUAUGGGCAGGAGGGUGGCUGACCCAACCAAUCCGGUGCCUGCGCUGGGGGUUCCCCUGGCAGGGGGGCGAUGGGGCCCGCUGUGCAGUGUGGGGGUGCAAACAUCUCCCGGACUGCGGACUCUCCCCUCCAUCAAACGACACAGCAGCCAACCAACCAACACACAUCGGCCACUCGCCAUGGCAACAGGCAAAGCAACGACAGCGGAGACAGGGACAGUUAUCAGAAGUGACAGCAACAGUCUGCCAGUGUCCAAGGAGACGUCUCAGAACGAGAUCAACAGCCUGACACAGGACGACAUGGGGUCACAAGGGUCAGGCAGCGGAGUUUACUGCCAGAUUAAAACUAUACGGACAAACUCAAAGGACACAAGGGAAAAAAGGACAGCUCGGUAUACAAACGGCAGUGUGGUGGCCUCUGAUGUGGUGGGAGGGGUUUGCAUGGAGGCCACAGAAGGUAAGGAGCCAGCGCGAGAGAAGAGGAGGGUGCAGUCUCUGCGAGGGGACGGCCAUCGCUCGGUGCUGAAGACAGGGAGUGUUUGUACGACCGUGCACGCUACCCCACCACGGCCCUGCCGAGUCAUGGCGACAUCCCCACCCAGCCUGUGUGGGACAUGUGGGAGGAGACGAUCGCAGAUUACACCGUGCACAGGCGCAUGUCGCAGGAGGGCUGUCAAUCAAAUAACAGCCAGCCAGACUUUACCUAAUCCACCACGGAAACCGUCUGUGGUUCAUUCAAGAAAAGAAUCUUCUCUGGACUCUCAGUCUCACCCUAAAAACACAGACAACGCAAACACCUCCACACACACAUCAGUGAAGACUUCUCAAAUCCCACAGCUUUCGCACACUAUACCAAAAACUCACAGCUCACAUUCCAACCACACGUCACACGCUCAGAACAAAACAAAAGAGUCAAAGCAGCAGACAAGGCCACAUUCUGCAGAAUUUUCUCAUUACAAAGACUCAUCCACACAAACAACAGAAACACACAUGCACAACACCACAGAAAGAGCCACAGCUAACACACACAAACAACCACACACACCAUCUGCAGAGGCAGCAGAGCCACAAUUGACUGACAAACACAAGUACGACUUGGCUAAAAUCCAGCACAAUGAUGAACACACAUCAGUCCGUACAACUUCCAAACAUCCAGCUCCUUCCGUUCACAGUGACACUGUCGACACCCCACCUCCACCACCAAAAGACUCUCCUAAAUCCACUUGUAUCAAACCAGCCACACCAGUAGCGCAAACCAAAAACACCCAGGAGACCACAACAAACGCUCCCAAACAAACAAGACGGAUCAAACUCAAGGACUACGCAAAACAGAAGAGCAGAUCAUUUGACGACCACACUCUGCCUUGCAAGACGCACAUGAAAGCACAAUGUAAUGGGGCCCCAGGAGGGUUACUGGGUGGACCCGUGGGAAACGCACCACGUGGGCUGGAGAGGCAGCUGCAGAGUGUGGAGGAGAACCUCCAGUCCAAUCAGGAGAAGAUCAAGGUGCUUCUCAACGUCAUUCAAGACCUGGAGAAGAGCAAGGCCCUCAGCGAAGGUCGCAGCUCAUACAGAACUGGUCAGGACAUUAACAACUGCCCCACCUGCCAAAAGACAGCAUGCAUCAUCUACAGCGUGGAGCAUGAUUUCCGACAGCAGGAGGGACGCUUCCAGGGGGUCAUGGAGGCCCUGGAGGGAGAAUAUGAUGUGCCUGCGCCCACUCUGACCAAGCCCACGCCAGCUCCUUCCUCCUCCAGCCGCCCCAGCACCAAGGCCCGUGUCAAGAAACUGCGCAAGAAGUGUUUCUGGUGGCUGUAAGCUUUGGAAAAACUACAACCACCUUUGUGGCCAUAUGGGUGAUGAGUGUUUCAGGAGAUCACAUGCCCAAAAGAUUUGGAAUCAUCUUUCUCAUGGUCCUAUUGGUUUUUAAGUGUCAUUAAAAUUAGUGGUGGUGCUUUCCAUCCCUGUAAAUGGCACUUUUUUCCACAGCAAUGCAUUCAGCUCUGAAAAUAUACAGCACGGGGACCAUGUAGAGAAGGAGGAAAUGCACUAAAAGAUAAGAGGACCAAAGG